AUGUCCGGUUUGUCGAAGGUAUGGUCAUAUAAUCCGGUCAGUAGUAUCAUUCAUUGGUUGCGCAGUUUGGCUUGGAGUGGUUUAGUAAUUGCUGAUAUGGGUUGUGGCGAUGCGAAGAUCUCCAAAGCGAUGUCUUCUCUGGCCACUGUUCAUUCAUUUGAUCUGGUGCCACUGGAAAGUGGAUCGGUGGAUAUUGUUGUUUUUUGCCUGUCGCUGAUGGGAACAGAUUUACAUGAAUACUUUCGAGAAGCAAAUCGAUUGCUCAAAAACGGGUGCGUUUUUAAAUCCUCACUGUGUUUUAACAAAUUUUACACCGGUCAAGAGAUUCUCUAUAUUCAUUUUUUUUCCUCAAGAUGA